AACGCAUUCAACACGUGACGCAACGUGAUAUCCAGCAUACGUAGCCGUCGACAACACUUAGCCCUCUGCAAGUGUGCUACCUAAACGAUGCCACUAAAUGGGCGCUAUGGUCGAGAAUCAACCCAGAGAUUACCUUGGAUUCCUCAGCAAUUUUCCGCCCUGUGCAGGAAUACCGGGCUAUCUGGAAUGCGACUACGAUCGGACCAACUUCAGAAUGCACCGGUGCAACCUACCCCAAACUUAAACAGUGAUGUCAAAAGUGGUCGUUCGAUAUCCACAACAUAUUUGACACGAAAAGGAUACCUCUUUUUAUAUCCCUCCUCCCUGGAAGUCGAGGCGUGGGAACAGCAAGUGACACCAGCGGAGCUGCACAACUUGGUCAAAACUAAGAUCAAUCAAUCCUUGCACCAUGAAGGCAAAAACCAUCGCACUGCCUUUUUGAAUAACCAUUUGAAAAUAAUCGGUGUGCUCAAGCGAAACUUGGAAUUUCCUGAAACAUGGUGCUCACCGGGGCGGGAGACUGUGCCACCUUUGGCAACUAUGAAGGGGCUCUCAUGUGCGGAAUUCCUCCGAGACCAAGGAUCAAGAAAAACCUAUGCGUCUAGUUCACAUUACGUAAAACCAGAAGGGGGACAACGACCUUCGUGAUCGGUACGGCUGCUCCUUUGCACGCAACCUAUCUACGGCAUGUUCGUAUAAGAUGAGCUGUAAUCGCUUCGAAAUACGACAGCUGAAUGUCGUGCUCCUUCUGUAGUUCAUCACUAAUCGACUGUCCUUACAUCUUCGGUCCACUGUACAGCUUGAAUGGAACUUAACGAUUCGUGGGAAUCUACUUGCACCUCAAUCGCCCCAUUGCAUUUCUCCUCUUGGGACUGUUUUGCGUGCAAAUGUCCAACCUUCUUCCUCAUUGAGUAUUAAUCGUUGCUUAUGUAAGCAACGUUAUUCCAACUUCAAACCUUUUGCGGAAGCUGUGCUGUUUCACUGCAUUUCAAUGCACACAUGAAACGAUCGC